AUGAGUCUUGAUCUAUCGAAAUUGAAGGAGAAGGUUUCUUCGAAACUAGACGCUUCUUCGAAGAAUAAGGAAGCCAAGGCCAAGAAGAAGGAGAAGUCCAAGGAGAAGAGCCAGAAGCAAGAGGAAAAGUCCCAGGAAAAAUCUAAGGAAAAAUCUAAGGAAAAACCAGAGGAAAAUGACGAACUAGUGCGCGAAGCGUUGUCUUUGGGAGCUUCAGAAAAGGAUAUUGAGCUUGUGAACGAUGUUGACGACGAUGCUAGUGAGAUAGAGUUCAAGGAUGACGACGGCAAGGAGGUUGAUGAGAAGUUCAAGGAGGAUUUUAACGAUUUGUUGAAGAAUAUGGGUUUUGACAAGAUGAAGGAACCAGAAGUGGUGGAAGAAGAGGCACCAGAGGAAGAAGAAGAAGAAGAAGAAGAAGAAGCAGAGGAAGCAGAGGAAGAGAGUUCUCUUAGUCCUCCCCCAGCACAAGAAAAAGAGGAAGCUAAAUCCGAUUUGAUCAACCAAACUCAUAUUGUCCAAAGUGAUAAAUUGGUCGUGCCAUCCGAUAUGCUAUGGUACGAAGUUCCUCUAGACCCAGAGCUAAACAGAGAACAAGACCCACUCACAACCGAACAGAUAGAUAAACUAUACCAACGUGGUAAGGAAUUCUUGGAACAGGAUAACACCACCUACUACGAAGAAUUCACCAAAAACUCCUCCCAACGUAAGUUUAUGUCCCAGAUUCUUAACGAUGGUACUUUGAACGAUAAAAUUAGUGCCCUAACGUUGCUAUUGCAAGAAUCUCCAUUGCACAACAUCAAGUCCCUAGAUACUUUGGUUGGAUUUUGCGGUAAAAAAUCAAGAAACUCGGCCUUGCAAGCUUUGAACGCUCUAAAGGAUUUGUUCUUGAACGGUCUCCUACCAGACCGUAAGCUAAAGUUCUUCAAGAACCAAAACCUAUCCAUGUUGCUCAAUAAGAGAACAUUGGCAGUACUAUACUUUGAGGAUUAUUUGAAGAACUUGUACUUCAAGAUCCUUGAGAUUUUGGAGAAGUUGUCGCAUGACCCUAUCAUCUAUGUCAGAUUGCAGGUUUUAAACCACAUUUUCGAUUUGCUAUCUGCUAAGCCCGAACAAGAGUUUAACCUUUUGAAACUUGGAGUUAACAAGUUGGGUGAUAUCGAUAACAAGGUUGCUUCCAAGGCUUCAUUCAAGUUGCUAAAACUUGAAACUCUACAUCCAAACAUGAAAUCUAUCAUCGUUGAUGCCGUGGUUGACAUCGCCAUUAGACCACAAGCGGACUACCACACCACCUAUUACUCUGCGCUAACUUUGAACCAAACCAUCUUGAAAAGAUCUGAAAUGAGUCUUGCCAACCAAUUGAUCAAGACGUACUUCACCUUGUUCGAGAAGUUCUUAAUCCAAACGGACGCUGAUAACGAGGAAUCCAAGACCAAGGCUAAGGCCAGCGACAAGUCUUAUGAGAAGAAGAGAAAGAAGAACUUCAAGAGAGGUAAGAAGGGUGGUAAAUCUGUCGUUGAAGAAAAGACUGAGCAGGACGUUAUUGAGGAGAAGAACACCAAACUUUUCGGUGCCAUUCUAACAGGUUUGAACCGUGCGUUCCCCUUCGCCGAUAUGCCAGGUUCCGUUUAUGAGAUACAUUUGGACACUUUAUUCAAGAUUACACAUGCCUCCAACUUUAACACCUCUAUCCAAGCCUUGGUUUUAAUUCACCAAGUCGUUAUCAAGACAGGUAUCACAAACGACAGAUACUACAAGACUUUGUACGAGUCGUUGCUAGAUCCUAGAUUGGUUACAUCUUCGAAACAAGGUAUUUACUUGAAUUUGCUCUACAAAUCCUUGAAGGAGGACAAGGACAUUGGCCGGGUAGACGCAUUCGUGAAGCGUAUAUUGCAGGUAUGUGCGCAUUGGCUAAACGUUGGUGCCAUCAGUGGUAUGUUUUAUCUAUUGAUACAGCUAUCGAAGGCGAUUCCACAAAUCAGGAAUUUAUUGCUCAAUUCUCCACUAGAUGCAGUUUACGAUUCCGAUGAUGACGAGGGUGACAAGAACGACGAUAAGAACAAGAACAAUGCAGCAGCAGCAAAUGGCUACGACAGUCGUAAGCGUGAUCCGAAGUAUGCGAAUGCGGAAAAGUCAUCGCUUUGGGAAAUUAACCAAUUCUUGACGCAUUUCCAUCCAACCGUUCAAUCGUACGCACAAGGAUUUUUCGACGGUGACACGCAACAAACAAGGGAAUUGGUCAAGCCGGAUCUUGGUUUGUUCACACUUGCGCACUUUUUGGACAGAUUUGUGUACCGUAAUGCGAAACAAAAGCCUACCACUAGGGGUUCGUCUAUUAUGCAACCGUUGGGAGGUGUACACACUGGUGCAUUAUUGGUGAAGGCAAGUGACAAAACGUUACACGAAGUGCCUGUAAAUACGGAGAACUGGUUGAACAAGAAGGUGCAAGAGAUUAGACCCGACGAGAAGUUCUUUUACCAGUACUUCUCUACCAAGACUGCGGCCAUCAAGUCCGGGAAGAAGGAAGGAGAUGCUGGCGAAUUUGACGAAGAGAGCGAUUUGGACGAGGACGAGGUUUGGGAUGCGUUGGUGAAGUCGCGUCCGGACGUUGAGGGUGAAGACGAGGACAGCGAUAUCGAAUUCAGCGAGGAGGACUUUGGUUCAGACCUAGACUCUUCUAGCGAUGCUGUCGAAGGCAUGUCCGAGGAGGAUGAGGAUGAGGAUGAGGAUGAGGAAGAAGAAGGAGAAGAAGAAGAAGAAGAAGGGGACGAUAACGAUGAAGAUGCCGACGCCGAUGACAUCAGCGAUUUCGAUCCUGAAGAAGCCAAAAUCUUCACGAACGAUUCCGAGGACGAGAUGGGUUCUGACGACGAGGUGUUCUACAGCGCAGCCGACAAUUCUUCCGAUGAGGAUGAGGAAGAGAAGGAAGAGCCUCCAAGAAAGAAAUCGAAGAAGUCACACAAGCAAAAGCUACGCGAACUUCCUACCUUUGCAUCUGCGGACGAUUAUGCACAGUAUUUGAACUCUGAUGAGGACUAA